CGAGGUACUCGUCGUACUCGCUGAACGGGCGUGGCGGUACAGGCGGCGUAGUCAUCACCUCUCUCGACGCUGAAACCAAAUGGCACAGGAGAUGGGAAGAGAUCCGCUGAGCUCGGCAAGGACAGCACGGCAAAAGACGUGGCACCCUGUGCUUUCAGCGCGCGCGCGCACGCGUCCCGCAUCGGUCUCUGUUGCCAUCAUCCCUGCAUGCAUCCACCUCGCCGCCGACGCCCAUCGCCUUACACAUUGUUUCUUGCAGCCGCGACGCUUGCUGUUGAAACGCGUGCCUGGGUCGCCCUCUCGAUACGAGCGCCGCACACCCCAAGCCGCCCUGUCUUAGUCGAUCGUGGGAGGGAGACAUCGCUUGCAUACUCGUCAGGACCAGAGGGGCAGGCGGGGCGUAGAGAGUCGCCCAAGGAGGGAAAUAUGCUGCGCAUCUGGAUCCGAUGCCGCGUUGCGUCAACAGUCGCUAGUCAGAGAAACAGCGGGCACUGCAUUACUUUGGUUUGGAUGAAUGUGUUGGCCUCAUCCCGCAUCUCCCGACAGUCCGAGGAAUAUUGCUGCCUACGUCGAGCUCAAGUGAGCUCUUGGAUUGAAACUUAAAAACCCACGUCUCGGUUCAUAACGAAACUCUCAGAACGGCGCCAAGCUCAUUGAAAGAUAUGCCAUAUCUACCGCAGGACGACGAUCUGUUCUAUUUUUACAGG